AGGACAACGACGCAAACCAUGCAGAACAUUGAACAGUUUGUUAAGCGAGUGAUGAUAUACAACGUGACGGUGGCUCUGCUCACUGGUGUUGGCUGCUGUAUUGGAGCAUUAGUUGUGCUGGUGAAAAAGAUCAACAGCCACCGAGAGAUGAAGGAAAAGAUCGAAAGAGCCAGAAACAGGAGGGAUAAGAGCUUGCAGCAGGCAGAGGAAGCGGUGCUCCAAUACAAACAGUCGCAUCCAACAACUGAUGCUGCUUUCAUCAUGUCACUGUCCCUGUCUGAGUUGACAAAGCAGCUGAAGGAAGGCUCACUGAGCCCUGAGGACGUGCUUUACUCCUACAUAGAAAAGACUCUGGCUGUAAACAAAAAGCUGAACUGCUGCACCGAAAUUUUGUUAGAGAGCUUGGACCAACUGAAAACUGUUGGCUCCAACAAGGAAGGUCUCUUGUAUGGAGUUCCAGUCAGCAUCAAAGAAAAUGUUGCAGUUAAGAAUCAUGACUGUUCUUGUGGUGUGGUCAAUAACCUGGAUCAGCCUGCUGAAAAGGACAGCGUGCUUGUUCAAGUCCUGAAGAAACAAGGAGCUAUUCCCUUUGUGAAAACCAACUUGCCCCAAGCCCUUUUUAGCUUUACCUGCAGUAAUCCUAUUUAUGGGCAGACCGUGAACCCCCAUAACCCCCAGAAGACCUCUGGAGGUUCAUCUGGUGGGGAGGGGGCUCUCAUUGGGGGAGGAGGCUCCCUGCUUGGCAUAGGCAGUGAUUUAGGUGGCAGUAUCCGUAUUCCUGCCUCAUUCUGUGGGAUCUGCGGUUUCAAGCCAACAUCAGGUCGGCUGAGUUUACAGGGGCUUCGUUCAAUUUCUCGAGGGCAAAAAUCAGUGCUCUCAUCUCCUGGACCCAUGGCAAGAGAUGUGGAUAGUUUGGCUCUGUGCAUGCAGGCACUUCUUUGUGACCACAUGUUUUCUUUGGACCCCACUGUUCCACCAUUACCGUUUAAUAUGGAGAUAUACAGAAGUGCCAAACCUCUAAGGAUUGGUUAUUUGGAAAACAAUGGCUACAUGCAGCCAUUUCCAAGCAUGGCCCGAGGCAUCAGAGAGAUCAAAGCUCUGUUAGACCAAGCAGGACACACAUUGGUCCUUUACCAUCCACUGAAGAUUGCUCAAAUUUUCCCAGAACUUGUGGUGAAGAGUUUAUUUGCAGAUGGAUGUACCACCCUGAAACAACAACUGAAGGGGGAACCUCUGGACUUUUUAAUAAAGAAACAGCUUUUUAAUUACUUUCUCCCUAAGUGGUUGAAGAAAAUCCUUUCAUUCCUGCUCAAACCUGUGGCUCCUCAUAGUUCUGCCAUCAUGAGUGCUCUUUGUGGAGUUCGAUCUGUUCAAGAUCUGUGGAAGCAUCAUGCUGCUGUUGAGGAUUACAUUCAUGAGACGAUAGCACAUUGGAAGAGCUACAACAUUGACGUGCUGUUGUGCCCUGUGCCUGGACCAGCCUACAAUGCCUCAUUCUGUGGCAGAAUUCCACAUCAUGCUAGUUGCACAUUACUCUACAAUCUCCUCAACUUUCCUGUGGGUGUAGUGCCUGUUUCCACAGUGACUGCAGAGGAUGAGGAGGAACUCAACCACCAGCAAAUGUUGCCCAAGCCCCUCAAAGUGGCAAUGAGUGGAGGCGAGGGUCUGCCUGUGGCGGUGCAGUGUGUUGCCUUGCCGUGGCAGGAUGAGCUCUGCCUGCGCUUCAUGAAGGAAGUGGAACAACUGGUCAAACAGAAGAAGAAGUAAAGCUUGCUUUCUUUGUCAGUCUCGCACGAGACGCUGCAGGCUUCAUAUUUUAUGUAUGGUGGCACGAGAAAGUGCUAGAUUCUUUUGAGAAGAUUGAAACAAUGUAAUUAUUAGGCAAAGAUGCACAAACCUUCUGACAUCAUGGUACAAAAACUGAUUUUCUUUUCUUUGAUAUAUGAAUUCAAUGACAAAAACACUGAUUUUUCACAGAUAAAACAUUAUCAUUUACCAUAGUCACAAUGUUAAAAUCUGCUGUUAAACUGUUAAACAGUAAUUACUCACUUUUCUCUUUCAUCAGUU